CUAUAAUCAGGCAAUUAGUGACUCAAAAAAAAAUAGUGAUAUAGUACAGAAAAUGGAUACAAAUCCUGCAAAAACUCACAACAUUCAAGAUGAAAUAAACGAAACAAUGAACUCAUUAACUGGGGAGAAUUCUUACACUAUCGGCGGUUUAAUUAACACGUUUGGAAAUAUGCAAAGCGAGGAAGAAGAGCAGGAAAAAUACGAUUACGCUGAUUCGCUUCAAAAUUACAAUUCGAACGAAGACGACGCUGUAUCGGGGAUUUCUUGCGGCAAACGGAAACAGAGAAGAUACAGAACAACGUUUACGAAUUAUCAAUUGGAAGAAUUAGAACGGGCUUUCCACAAGACGCAUUAUCCAGACGUGUUUUUUCGUGAAGAACUAGCCUUAAGAAUCGACUUGACCGAAGCCCGGGUGCAGGUUUGGUUCCAAAACAGGCGAGCAAAAUGGAGAAAACAGGAGAAAACCUUGAAUAAGACGCAGGACAUGCAAAACAUUAAUCUAAAUCUUCCCGCCUGCUCCACGCCUCUGGAGAGCCCUUUGCUCAAUUUCACCGGACAAGAGCAACAGUCGAACGUUUUUUUGGGCCUCGAAUGGCCUCUGACCUUCACCAAUUCGAUAAAUUUAACCAGCAACGUCGAUCAAACCAUGGCGGGCGAUCGGAAUUGCUCGUUGGAGAAUCAGUUAAACGAAACCAUGUUGAUUGCAGAUAGAAUAACGAACUCGAUUCAAGCGAAUAUGAUCGAGGACAACAUUCUACUCGGCACCGGUUUGGAAGACCGCGUGGAAGAAAAUUUAACGCUAUUAUCGACUGAUAGUGAUAUUUCUAUUGAUCCAGAUUUACUCACGUUGAAACCACCUCGAAAUCAAACAGAUUAAUCAAGUUCAAUUCCAUAACAAAGUUACCUUUCUAGUAGACAACUUCAUAAAAAUGUAGUAGG